GUCGACGUAGCUAACCCUAAAUCAGACGGAAGCAGCAGCAGUGAGAGUGAGCUAGAAAAAUGCCAAAAAUUAUCGAGGAAGGAAACGGAAGAAAGUCCUUUUUGUACUACUACUAACGAAAGAAAAAACUCGGUGGUGCUAGACGGCAACUAUCUUACUAGACGACAAAACUAACAACUCCCUCGAAAAUUAAUUAACGCAAACGAAGUUAAAGAUAUAAAUUAGAAUAGAAUUUGCAAGUAUACAUUUAACCAAACUACCAGUGGCAGCGCCAGUGAGUGUGAGUGGUCUUCCGUGUGUUGUUUUCGUAUAGACACCCUAAAUUUUGUAAAUUGAAUUGGUAUUUUUAGUGUUUUUUUCUCUUGACAAAGUUACUACAACAACAACACAGCUGAAUGAAUAUUUUCACCAUAUUUUGGUUUCUCCUUAAGAUGUUCUAUCAACUUUUAUGUUGUUCAUUUAGUUUCCUAACGUUUCUCUUCAAUGUGUUCUGGGUGAUGUGUAAUUUGGCAUCAGCCGGCAUACCAUGGAUUACGGUGUUAUUAGUGGUUAUAUGUGUGCUCUCGAAAUUUGUCAAGCUGCGAAGUCCAGACGAGAAACGUCUGCAACGCCUGUUGGCCUCUGGCAGUCAAGGUCUCUACCCAGAAGAUCUGUCAUUUUGGCCAAUAGCCCAUAGGGGUGCUGGUUAUGAUGCUCCAGAAAACUCGAAAGCGGCAUUGAAAAAGUGUGUCGCCCGAGGAUAUCGCAAUGUUCUAGUCGACGCCGGAUUGACGGCAUGCGGUCAAAUUGUCAUCGUCAAUCGUUUGACGUUGGAAAAGGCUGGUCUAUCGGGAAGCAUAGCGGUGCACACAUUGGAAUCGCUGAAGAAAAUCAAUAUUGCCGAACUACAUCCAAUGGGCAAACACUUUGAAGCCGAAUAUGUUUUGACGCUGCAAGAAUUGCUCGAGUAUUUAGAAGAAAAUAGAUUAACCGUAUUUUUAUACAUAUCAGAUAAUAGCUCACAAAUGAUUGAAAAAUUGAAGGCCAGCAUAAAUGCUGUAUUUAUAGAACGAAUUAUCGUUAUAACAAGAUCUCCAGUAACUAUAUAUCAGUUACGCAAGGUAAACCCCGAUGUAAUUUGCGGUUUGUGGACUGAAAAAUCUCUUGCUUUGCCGCUGCUCAAAGCUUCAACUUUAAUUACCUCAAUAUAUGGUGCUUUCUUCCGUAAUAUAAUUUCCCCUGUAAUUGGCAUAAGCGUAGUUUUCCUAUCCAAGGAGGAAUUCAAUCUACACAUUGCUGAACUGUGGCGCAACGUGGGCGUAAGGCCCAUCGUUUACAAUGUCAAUUCGCCGAAUGAAAAACGUUAUUUCCAAAAAACGAUGAAGACACAAUAUUUAACCGAUUCCCUGCGAUCUGAGCCGCAUCUAUUGAUGAAAGCCUAAAAAACCAAGCGGGAGCUUUCAUAAAUAUAUGAUCAUGGUCACAGCAUCAUUCUUCUCUCUCUAAGUUCAAAAAGUCAACUUUAUAGGCAUUUUUUGCAAUGCAUCUUUUAUCCAUGUGUUUUUUUAAUGUAAACAUCACAAAUGAUAUUAUUUUAUCAUCAUCGUCAUCAUCGCCAAUCAUCUUUUAAUCACAAACAUUUAAUCAAGUCAAAAACCAAAUGUAUCAAUCUCCUUUCAUAGUCGCCUAGAUUAUAAAAAUGGAGAAAACGAGACAAUGGACAAUUCGAAAUCGAAACGAAGCGAUUGGUUGAACGUUUUCCAAUUUUUAAAACAAAAAAAGGCAUUAUCAUAGAUUACAUUACAUAAAUGUUUGUAUAUUCCAUCAUUUAAUGUGUGUGUGUUUCUCAAAAUAUUGAAUCCAAACUGCAAAGAAAAAAUAUAAAAUCGCCAAAGACCUCAACAAUUUUGCAGUAGAUUCAGAAUUUGGCCAGUUAAAAAUAUCCUGAGAAAACAAAAAAUAUGAAAGAAUCCAAUGUAAUUUCAAAUAUUUUUGGAAGGGAUUUUCAAUCCCCAUGAAACACUGGACAACAUCUUCCUCUCUUGAGAAACAUUUCAAAUAUGAAUAUGCAACUAUAUAUCCUCUCUCUCUCUCAUACAUAUUUAUUUAUAGUAUUAUGUAUAUCAAACAAGAAAAAAAAAACAAUGAAUACUGCAUAGAAAUACCUUGGCUUGUAUUUCUCCAAAUAAGCUUUUAUUUUUUUAUUAUUGUUUAGCUCUUCCUCAAUGCUAUUAUAAAACAUAAUUUAUUAUGGAUGCUAUAUUUAUAUUUAUUAUUAUUUUUUGCCAUUAAUUUAAUUAUGUUUUUUUUUUAUUUUUAAAAAAUAAUAAUAUUUUUUUGUUAUUAUUAUUAUUCUGUUACGCUUUUUUUAAUUUGUUUUUAUUAUUCACAUACAAAAUAUAAUUUGUAAAUGUCUUAUGUAUCUUCAUCAUCAUAAUCACGCUCAAUUUUGUAAGUAUAAAUUGCACAAAUUUUGUUCGUCUUAAUUUAUUUCGAUUCUUAAAAAUUAAUUAUUUUUU